GGUCUGGUGCACCAGCUGGGAGGAGGCAGCUGGACAUUUAUUAUAAGGGACAGAAAUUAGAUCUCUCCAAGCCUAACUUUAGUUCUGCACUUGCUUUUUUUUGUUGUUGGUAAAACUUGCUUUGUUAACUAGCCUUUUUCUACUUUACCUUGAAAUCCUUAUUUUUUUCUCAAAAUGACUGGUGGCCCACUGACAGGGUUACUGGUUGCGCUGUGCGUCAGCAGCGCAGUCCACGGCUUGCCAAAGAAGAGCAAAAGACAAAGUGGCCAGUUUCAGGUGUUUCCUGAGCUCCGUGACGCAGCGGCUGUUACUUCAGUCGGCUGUGAGGAAAAUGGUCGCUCAUACAGACCGAACGAGCAGUGGGAGAAACCCUACCUCGGUAGUACACUGGUGUGCACCUGCAAUGGAGCAGCAGGCAUCAAAUGUAAAAGUAAACCUGAAGUGGAGGAGUCCUGUUAUGAUAAGUACAAUGACCGGCAAUACCGGGUCGGUGAAACCUACGAGAGACCAAAGGACGCGAUGAUGUGGGACUGCACCUGUAUUGGUUCUGGUCGUGGCAAGAUCAGCUGUACCAUUGCAAAUCGUUGCCAUGAAGGUGGGAGGUCUUAUAAAAUCGGUGACACUUGGCAGAGGCCUCAUGAGACUGCUGAUUACAUGCUGGAGUGUGUGUGUCUUGGGAAUGGCAAAGGAGAGUGGACCUGCAAACCUGUGGCUGAGCGUUGCUACGACAACAACGCUGCAUCAUCAUACGUCGUGGGGGAGACCUGGGAGAAACCGUACCAAGGCUGGAUGAUGCUGGACUGCACCUGUCUUGGAGAGGGAAAUGGACGCAUCACAUGCAGCUCAAGGAACCGUUGCAACGACCAGGACACCAGGAGGUCCUACCGUAUCGGAGACUCGUGGUCAAAGAGGGACACAAGUGGACACGUCGUGCAGUGUCAGUGCUUAGGAAAUGGCCGCGGAGAGUGGAAGUGUGAGAGACACAACGCAGGCCGAACCACAGGUGCUGUCGUGUUGACCCCCACCCUUUCCCAGACUCGGCAGCUGCUCGAGCCCCCCAUCGAGGGGACGUGCCGCACAGACUCUGGAGCCACCUACUACGAUGGACAGCGCUGGUUCAGAAGCCAGGGCAGUAAGCAGAUGAUCUGUACCUGUCUGGGCAACGGAGUCAGCUGUCAGGAGUGGGAAGCCAGGAAUCAGGCAUAUGGUGGCAACUCUAACGGCGAGUCGUGUUCCUUCCCGUUUGUCUACAUGGGAAAGACCUACUACUCCUGCACCUCAGACGGACGCACAGAUGGGCAGCUCUGGUGCUCUUCAACCUCAGACUAUGAGAGAGACCGGCAGUACUCUUUCUGUACUGAGAAGAAUGCCAUUGUGGCAACACGAGGAGGAAACUCCAACGGCGGACUGUGCCACUUCCCCUUCCUCUACAGUGGCCGCAACUACACCGACUGCACCGCUGACGGGCGCCGUGAUAGCAUGAGGUGGUGUGGCACCACUCACGACUACGACACAGAGCAGCGCUUUGGUUUCUGCCCCAUGGCUGCCCAUGAGGAGUUAUGUACCACCAAUGAUGGAGUGAUGCACCGUGUAGGCGACAAGUGGGACAAACGGCAUGAUGUCCAGGGUCACAUGAUGGAGUGCACAUGCCUGGGCAACGGUCGUGGGGAGUGGAGCUGUGUUGCUCACACCCAGCUGCGAGAUCAGUGUGUUGUUGAUGGCGCGUCCUAUGAAGUAAACGAGGAAUUCUCCAAGCGCCAUGACGAGGGCUACAUGAUGAACUGCACCUGCUUUGGACAGGGUCGUGGACGCUGGAAGUGUGACGCUAUCGAUCAGUGUCAGGAGCCAGAAACCAGGACGUUCCAUCAGAUUGGAGAUACAUGGGAGAAAGUCAUCCAUGCCAUCCACUACCGCUGUCAUUGCUAUGGCAACACGAUUGGAGAGAUGAGAUGCGAACCUCAGCAGAUCUCAGCAGACGGCCACAGACCUGUCCAGGUGAUCAUCACGGAGGCAGGAAAACAGCCAGACUCCCACCCCAUUCAGUGGAACCCCCCUUCAUCUGUUCAAAUCACACAGUACAUCCUCAAGUGGAGAGUUAAAAAUAGCCGUUCUGCCUGGAAGGAGGUCGCUGUCCCCGGCCACCUCAACUCCUACACCAUCAGCGGGCUGCGUCCAGGCAUCACCUACGAGGGUCAGCUGAUCAGCAUCCUGCGCUACGGACGCCGCGAGGUCACACGCUUCGAUUUCACCACUAACCAAGGCUCCUUGGAAACAUCAGAGGGAGAGACGACCCAACUUCCUGCAGUGUUGGACACUUCUGAGUCGGUGACAGAAAUCACCUCAAACAGCUUCGUUGUGUCCUGGACAUCAGCCUCUUCUACCGUCUCUGGCUUCAGGGUGGAGUAUGAGCUCAGUGAGGACGGGGCCAAGCCGAAAGUCCUGGAUGUUCCUCGCACAGCCAGCUCUGUCACCAUCGCCGACCUCCUGCCAGGACGCAGAUACAACGUCAACGUCUACGAGCUCCCAGAUCAGGGACAGCCAAACCUCAUUCUGACUACCUCCCAGACUACAGCUCCUGACACCCCUGCUCAACACGUAGUCGAUGAUGUGAGAGACUCCUCCAUUCGAAUCAGCUGGACCAGGCCUCAGGCUCCUAUUACUGGUUACCGCGUUGUGUACACGCCAUCAGUGGAAGGCAGCAGCACUGAGCUGAACCUGCCAGACUCCCAGACCUCAGUGACCCUGGAUGACCUUCGCCCCGGUCGCCUUUACAACAUCAGCAUCUACGCUGUGGAGGAGGAUCAGGAGAGUGAGCCUGUUUUUGUACAGGUCAACACCGCCGGAACCCCUCCACCAGAGGAGGUCCCGGCACCCACAGACCUGCAGUUCUACGAGAUUUCAGAUAUGAAGAUCACCAUCACCUGGAUCGGUCCACCCAACGAGGUGACCGGUUACAGGGUGCACUUCACCCCCGUUGCUCCUGACGGCACUGAGAGGAGGCUCUUGCAGCUGCCCAUCUCACCCAAUGCAUACGCUGAUAUCACCCACUUGCAGCCGGGCACACUGUACCGCUUCUACAUCUAUGCCAUCAAUGGUGGAGUAGAGAGCAAGGCACUUGUGGGAGAAAGGUCUACCAAGCCUGAUUCGCCCACCGAUGUGCGUUUCACUGACAUCGGCCCCGACAGUGCAGUGGUCAUCUGGGAGGCUCCCCGCGCCAUCGUCAGCGGUUACCGUCUCUUCCUGAGCAUCGAGGGCUCCAGCCCCAUUGAGAAGAGGAUCCCCGGCAGGGUCACCCAGUACGCUUUGAAGAAUUUACGUCCGGACACCAAGUACACUGCCACCCUGCACUCUGACCUGAACAACGAGCUCAGCGAGGGCGUCAACACAUAUUUUAUCACCUCUCCCCAGAUGGGAAAUAAUCCUGCUUUCAGCACUGAGGUUACUGAUGCGUCUAUCAUCAUCUCCUGGAUACCUGUCCGCAGGUUCAGCUACAAGCUGUCUGUGCUCCCCAGCCAGGUAGGCGAGUCUCCCAGAGAAGAGACCUCUGACUCUGGACGUAUUUAUAUUCCCGGUCUGAUUCCUGGAACAGAGUACACCUACAGCGUUCAGCCCAUCUUCAAUGGACGCAACCGUGGAAACCCCAUCACCCGCAAUGUUGUCACUUCCCUGUCUCCUCCCACUGACCUCAGAGUUGAGUCCAGCCCUGUCACAGGAGAUCUCACUGUCCACUGGGUAGCUUCCAAAACACCAGGCAUCACAGGCUACAGAGUGACAAGCACGCCGACUGACGGUCAGCGAGGAAACACCCUGGAAGAGUUUGUUCGAGCCGAUGAAACCUCAUGCAUGCUAGAGAGUCUGAAUCUGGGGGCGGAGUACAACAUCAGUGUCUUCACCACCAAGGGACAGUUGGAAAGUGUACCUGUGUCCACAAUUGUCACACCAGACAUCCCUACACCAAGUCACAUUGACUUUGUCGACAUUACUGACACCACCAUCGGCCUGCGCUGGAUCCCUCUGAACUAUUCCACCAUUACUGGUUACCGGAUAACGGUAGUAACGUCAGGCGAGAGCUUGCCAAUUUUUCAAGAUAUGGUGGAAGAAUCUGCUGGUUAUUACACGAUUCGUGGCCUGGAGCCGGGCGUGGACUAUGACAUCAGUAUCUUCACUGUUACAGAGGAGGGGGAAAGCAAGCCGACCACACACACAAUGCAAACACAAGCUGCCAUUCCAGCUCCCACCAACCUACAGUUUAGGGGAGUGGGUCCUGACCACAUUAGGGUGACUUGGGCAGUCCCCCAUGUUGCCACACCAAGCGACAUCUCUCGGUUUGUCAUCCGUUACCACCCUGUAGCCACUGACGACGACAUCAAGGAGGUUAAUGUCGGCGGAGCCACCAACACCUUCGUGCUGGAGAACCUGCUGCCCAACACCGAGUACAGUAUCAGUGUUGUGUGUGUGUACGGUGAACGAGUGAGUGAACCAGCCACAGGGACGCAGAGGACAACUCUGGACUCCCCCACUGGCUUGGACUUCUCUGACAUUCGCACCAACUCCUUCACCGUUCACUGGCUGGCUCCAACCGCUGCCAUCACCGGCUACCGCAUCCGCUUUCAGAAGACGAGCGGUGGGCAUGCGAAAGACGAGAGGCUGCCCCCAACCAGGACCUACUUCACUUUGACUGGACUGACACCAGAGACAGAGUAUCUGAUAUAUGUAUAUGCUGUCAGCAACAAUGAGGAGAGUCAGCCUCUGACUGGCACACAGGCCACCAUCUCCGAUGCUCCCACUGACCUAGAGGUAACAUCGUCCACCCCGUCCAGCAUUACCAUUCGCUGGGACGCCCCCUCUGUCACAGUGAAGAACUACAGGAUCACCUAUGGUGGCACAAGUGGCGAGACUCCUCAAGAGUUCUCAAUCCCAGGCACUCAGACCUACGCCACCAUCACCGGUCUGAAGCCUGGUACAGACUACACCAUCACGGUCUAUGCUGUUACCGGAAGAGGGGACAGCCCCGCCUCCAACACCCCGGUCUACAUCACGCACAAGACUGAUACCGAGCCCCCCACUGACAUGAGGCUGACUGAUGUGAGUGAUAACGCCCUCACAGUGCGCUGGUCUCCUGCUCAGGGACCAAUCAGAGGCUACAGAGUCACCAGUGUCCCCAGGAAUGGUCUGGGACCGUCCUACUCCGAGGUGGUGGCCCCUGAUCAGACUCAGAUGACCUUCUCAGGUCUGAUGCCCACUGUGGAGUAUGUUGUGAGUGUCUAUGCCCUGGGCAAUGAUGGACAACCCUCUUCCCCCGUGGUGGAGAAUGCUAUCACUGCUAUGGACCGUCCCAAGGACCUGACCUUCUCUGACAUCGACUCCAACUCCAUGCGCAUCACUUGGGAUAGUCCAGACGGCACAGUGACAUCAUACCGUGUCCUCUACUCCAGCUCAGAGGAGAGUGAAAGGGAGCUGCGUCCGGCACCCAGAGGUGACCAGGACACUGUUGUGCUGACAAACCUUCGCCCCGGGACAGAGUACACUGUUAAAGUCAUCGCCCUCCAUGGCCGCACACCCAGCACACCGUUGGUGGGAACCCAGGCCACAGUGAUCCCUGCUCCGACCAGCCUGGUGAUCUCAGAGGUCGGUCCCUCCACCUUCACCGUGACAUGGCGUGCCCCCAAUGCACGCCUGUCAGGCUACCGCGUGGUCGUCACCCCCAAGAACAUCAACGGCCCCACCAAAGAGAUGAAUGUUGCACCAGACACCACACGUGUCGUCGUACCAGGGCUCAUGGUGGCAACCACAUACCAGAUACAUGUCUACGCUCUGAAGAACUCUGUCACCAGCAGACCACUGGAGGGAGAGGUGACCACACUGGAAGAUGUAAGUCCUCCUCGGCGUGUGCGAAUCUCUGAUGUGAAGGAUUCUUCUUUCACAUUGACCUGGCGCUCGAAGAUGGAAACCAUCACUGGUUUCCUCAUCGAGGCCACGCCCGUCAGUGGCUCACAACCCACUCUCAGAAGGACCAUCCCAAGAGACGCAUACACCUACACUCUCAUAGGUCUGCAGCCAGGCACCAGUUACUCUGUUAACCUGUAUACUCUGAAUGGCAACACAAGGAGUGCCCCAUUUAAUCUCAUGAUUCAAACAGCUGAACCAGUUGUCCAGGCUCCCACCAACCUCCAGUUGACAUCUUUGACCCCCACCUCCAUCUCCUUCACCUGGCAGCCACCUGCCACACACAUCACAGGAUACUACGUCACCUAUGAGGAGUCAGGAGGAGCACCCCGAGAGCUCACCCCACGACCCCACUCCGGCCAAAACUACGCCACCAUAUCUGGCCUGAGACCAGCCACAGAGUACAUCAUCAAGAUCAUCGCCAUCCAGAACACACAGAGGAGCACACCUCUGGUGGGCAAACUCAGGACUCAACCAGACUCCUUGCUUCCCCUGCCUCUGCCCCCCGGCUCCGGAGGUUCUGGUGACAGGCUGGAUGUGCCUGAAACUGACUUGGACAACAGAGUCCAGGUAGUGGGCAACAAUGGCCAGGAUGGGCAUGGUGAUCAAAGCCAGAAUGUGGAGUACACAGAGUACAACAACAACGGAGACAACAACAGAUAUAAUGGUAACAGUGGCAACCCACAGUCUCCCUAUGGGCAAGUUCGUGAGCCCCUGGUCUUUUUACCCCUUCCUGAUGCAGAGGGCCGCAGACUGCCCAUCCUGAAGCUGAACCUGCCCAUCGGCUCCCCGUUUGAUAAUGACACGGGAGUGCCGCAGGAGGCCCAAACUCAGACCUCCAUCUCCUGGAAGCCUUACAAGCAGAGCAACGCCUACAUGGUGUCCUGCCAUCCCCUCACACACUUAAAUGAGAAGAUGUUCCAGGUCCGCCUGCCCGGCACAGCCACCACUGCUACCCUGAUAGGACUCUCCCCUGGAGCGAACUAUAAUGUGAUCGUGGAGGCUCUGAUGGGGGCGCUCAAACACAAGAUACUGGAGCAGGUCGUCACUGCUGGAAACACACUCCCAGAGGGAGUGCCCUCCACUAAGGACUCAUGUUAUGAUGCCUUCACUGCAACCUACCACGAUGUUGGUGGUGAAUGGGAGCGGAUGUCUGAGACGGGCUUCAAGCUGUGGUGCAGAUGCCUGGGUCUGGGAAGUGGACACUUCAGAUGUGAUUCAUCUAAGUGGUGCCAUGACAAUGGCAACAACUAUCGCAUUGGAGAGAAGUGGGACCGCAAAGCAGACAAUGGUCACUUGAUGAGCUGCACUUGCUUGGGAAAUGGCAAAGGAGAGUUCAAGUGUGAACCACAUGAUUCAGUGUGCUAUGAUGAUGGCAAAACUUACCAGGUGGGAAUCCAGUGGCAGAAGGAGUACCUGGGUGCCAUCUGCACCUGCACUUGCUUUGGAGGACAGCAGGGCUGGCGAUGUGAGAACUGCCGCAGACCAGGUGGUGAUGUCGAAGCCAGUCUGCUGCAACCUGUUAGAUAUGGAAACACACUACGCAAUAUUAAUUGCCCCAUUGAGUGCCUCCGACCAGACCUGCUGGCAGAUGCACAUGCUCCUCUAAAUCCUCUGGAGUAAAGGAUCGGACAUAUGCUUUGCUCCCUCAACCUCCAAUCGCUGCACUGUCUCACCAUUUAGAAGCCAUACUGUUUGUGAUUUAACUAACUGCCCUAUCACUUUCUGACACAUGUUUAGCCAAAGAUGUUACACUGCCCUGCUGCCUGACCAAAGUUAUCCUCCUCUUAAGCCAGUCUUUUCACUGUUGACCGCCAAGUCUAUAAAUUCAUGCUCUAUGGUAAAAUGAAGACUCCUGCCGUUUUUGUUUUUUUGUGCAACAUUCCCCUCCCCAUACUAGUGUGCACCUCAAAUAUUCAGAAACACUUCCUAAUCAAAGAGAAGAAAGUAAGCACUGUGUUAAAGAAUGUCAAUGUAGUUAUUAACAAUGAUUAAAUUGUCCAUGAAAUUGUGCUUUUCUUUUCUGUAGCCCUUCUUCUGUUACUGAGGGGUCACACUCUGUGUGAUUGACACAUUCUAAUUUCUAAUGCCUUUUUACUAAUUUAUCCCUUUAAUCUCAAUGUGUGAAUGUGUGAACUGGGAUGUGAGAAUUUGAACUGUUCUAUUUUUGUACAUUGUUGUCCGUGCCAAAGUUGUUUCUACCUUUUGACAAAAAAGAAGUCCCUUAUUUUAAUAAAGCUGGAGAUAUCCUGAAACCUAAGCACAA